GAAAGAGGCACGCGAUACGCGAGACCCUCCCGGCCACACCUCUCCCUUCCCUCCCCAGGUCUGCCCUAACGGAGUAGCUCCUGAGCGAAGGCGCGGGCGGGCAGCUGGGAUCUCCCCCCCCUCCUACACCGUCGUACCCGCGCGACUUCUCCCAGCCCGCGGAGGCCGGGCAGGGAGGAGCCGGGCCGGGGGCGGCCUGGCAGGAAGCGGCGCUUACCUUCCGCUGCAGGAGGAGCAGGUGGCUGCAGCGCGCGCCGAGGCCCCAGGCUUCCUGUGCUCGCCCGCCGCUACCGUUUCUCUUCGGAGCUCCUUGGGCCACCCGGCCGCCGGGCCGGCCGCAUGGCCCAGACCCCCGACGGCAUAUCCUGCGAGCUGCGAGGCGAGAUCACCAGGUUCCUGUGGCCCAAGGAGGCAGAGCUGCUGCUGAAAACCUGGCUGCCAGAGCGGGAGGGUGCUGAGCAAGGUCAUGUCCUGGUAUGGCGGGGGCAGAGGCUGGGAGGGCCACUGGGGCCCCGACAGAAAGAGGCUCUUGCCCUGCCCAGGGUGUCAGACACUCUCUCCCCUCAGGCACUGCUCCGAUGGAGAGCCUACCUGCUCCACACCUGCCUUCCCCUGAGGGUGGACUGCACGUUCAGCUACCUGGAGGUCCAGGCCAUGGCGCUGCAGGAGACACCCCCUCAGGUCAUCUUUGAGCUGGAGUCCCUGCCUGAACUGGUCCUGGAAUUUCCUGGUGUGGCUGCCCUGGAACAGCUGGCCCAGCACAUCGCUGCUGCCAUCAGGAAGGUCUUCCCUUGCUCAACCCUUGGGAAGCUAUUCCGGAGGCCCACGCCCCCCUCCAUGCUGGCUCGGCUGGAGAGAAGCAGCCCCUCAGAGGCCACCUCGCCCAGCAGCCCCUGUGGUGGCUUUUCGGAGACAUAUGAGGCUCUGUGUGACUACAAUGGCUUCCCUUUCCGAGAGGAGAUUCAGUGGGUGAGAGUAGGGCCCUCUCUGGGGGCUCUGGAGACAUCUGAUCCCCCGUGUGCUUUGAAUCCCUCCCUAUGCCUUGUGUCCCAAGUAAGUUGGAGGUACUUUCUUCCCACCCAGGAUGUGGACACCAUCUACCAUCGUCAGGGCUGCCGCCAUUUCAGCCUAGGCGACUUCAGCCAUCUGGGAAGUCGGGACCUGGCCUUGAGUGUGGCCGCCCUGUCUUACAACCUGUGGUUCCGGUGCCUCUCCUGCGUGGACAUGAAGCUGAGCCUUGAGGUCUUGGAACAGAUUCUGCACAUGAUGAGUCAGUCAUCCCACCUGGAGGAGCUGGUGCUGGAGACCUGUGGCCUGAGGGGAGACUUUGUCCGGCGACUGGCCCAGGCCCUGGCAGGGCACACGAGUUCCGGGUUGCGGGAGCUCAGCCUGGCGGGGAACGUGCUGGAUGACCGAGGCGUGGCUGCACUCAGCAGACACCUAGAGCAUCAUCCUGGAGCCCUGAGGAGACUCACCCUCGCGCAGACUGGGUUGACGCCGCGAGGUAGGCUGGCUGAGGAUGGCUGGGGGAGGUGGAGCUGGGAGGUGGGGCAGCCUGAUUGUGAGCCCCCUCCUCCACCACCAGGAAUGAGGGCUCUGGGCCGGGCGCUGGCUUCCAAUGCAGCCUUUGACUCUGCCCUAACCCACUUGGACCUUUCCGGGAAUCCCGGGGCACUGGGGGCCUCGGAGGACAAUGGGGGCCUCUAUAGUUUCCUGAGCCGUCCUAAUGUUCUGACGUUCCUGAAUCUCGCAGGCACUGACACCGCCCUGGACACUCUCUUCGCCUCGCUGUCCCGCGGCUGCUGCGCCAGCCUCACCCACCUCGACGCUUCGAGGAACGUGUUCUCCCGCACGAAGUCCAGGGCUGCGCCUGACGCGCUGCAGCUCUUCCUCAGCCGCGCCGCGACGCUUCGGCACCUGUGCCUGGCGGGCUGCAAGCUGCCGCCGGACGCGCUCAGGGCGCUUUUGGAAGGCCUUGCGCUCAACACGCACAUGGACGACCUGCACCUGGACCUCAGCGCUUGUGAGCUGCGCUCCGCCGGCGCUCAGGUGAUUCAAGACUUAGUGUGCGACGCUGGCGCAGUGAGCUCCCUGGAUCUGGCGGAUAAUGGCUUCGGCUCAGACAUGGUGACUCUGGUGCUGGCCAUCGGGAGGAGUCGGUCCCUGCGACACGUGGCGCUUGGAAGGAACUUCAACGUCCGGUGCAAGGAGACCCUGGACGACGUCCUGCACCGGAUUGUUCAGCUCAUGCAGGAUGACGACUGUCCCCUGCAGUCCCUGUCCGUGGCUGAGUCGCGACUGAAACUGGGCGCCAGCGUCCUGCUCCGGGCCCUGGGCGCCAAUCCUAACCUGACAGCCCUGGAUAUCAGCGGCAACGCCAUGGGGGACACCGGCGCCAAGAUGCUGGCCAAGGCGCUUCGGGUCAACACGAGGCUCCGGUCUGUGGUCUGGGACCGGAACCACACGUCUGCUGUGGGCCUGCUGGACGUGGCACAGGCCCUGGAGCAGAACCGCAGCCUGAAGGCCAUGCCUCUGCCACUGAACGAUGUGGCCCAGGCGCAGCGCAGCCGCCCUGAACUGACAGCACGUGCCGUGUACCAGAUCCAAGCCUGUCUCCUGCGGAACAACCGCGCAGACCAUGCUUCUACUGACUGCACCUCCCGCUCGAAGCCACUAGGUCUGGGGUCAGACCCCUCCGAACAGGAAGUGAAUGAACUGUGUCAGUCGGUGCAGGAGCACGUGGAGUUGCUGGGCUGUGGGGCUGGGCCCCAGGGUGAAGCUGCUGUGCACCAGGCCGAGGAGGCCAUCCAAAAUGCCAACUUCUCUCUCAGUAUUCUCCCCAUUCUACAUGAGGCUGGGAGCUCCCCAAGCCACCAAUGGCAGCUGCGGCAGAAGCUGGAGGGCCUCCUGGGACAGGUGGGCGAGGUCUGCCGCCGGGACAUUCAGGACUUCACUCAGACCACACUGGACACCACAAGGAGCCUCUGCCCACAGAUGCUGCAGGGACCCAGGUGGAGGGAGCAGCUAGAGGGGGUCCUGGGAGGCUCAAGGGGUCUCCCAGAGCUGCUCCCAGAGUACCUGCUGCAAGAUGCCUUCACGAGGCUCAGGGACAUGCGCCUGUCAGUCACAGGGACCUUGGCAGAGAGCAUUGUGGCUCAGGCUGUGGCGGGUCUGAGUGCAGCCCGGGAUCGGCUGGUGGAGAGUCUGGCUCAACAGGCAACAGAGGCAAUGCCCCCUGUCAUACGGGCACUAGAUGGAGGCGAGCCCAGCCCCCCUGGGCCUGGGGAAUUGGAAGGUCUUUUCUUCCCUGAGGAGAAGGAAAAGGAGAAUGAAGAGGAGCAGAAGGAUGACAGUCCUCCACAGAAGUGGCCUGAAUCCAACCGCUGUCUUCACCUGGUCCCCUCCACUCACAGUGCUGCUGAGGAACCAGAGCCGGAGCCCGAGCUGGCGGCUCCGGGGGAAGAUGCAGAGCCGCAGGCGGGGCCAUCCGCUCGUGGCUCUCCGAGCCCCGCCGCCCCUGGGCCCCCGGCCGGCCCGUUGCCUCGCAUGGACUUGCCACCCGCCGGGCAGCCCCUGCGCCAUCCGACCCGGGCCCGGCCGCGGCCACGGCGCCAGCACCACCACCGCCCGCCGCCGGGGGGCCCCCAGGUGCCCCCGGCCCUGCCGCAGGAAGGGAAUGGGCUCAGUGCCCGUGUGGACGAGGGCGUGGAGGAAUUCUUCUCCAAAAGGCUGAUCCAUCAGGAUCGCCUCUGGACCCCCGAGGAGGACCCGGCAGCCGAGGGGGGUACCACCCCUGUCCCCCGUACACUUCGAAAGAAGCUGGGCACUCUCUUUGCCUUCAAGAAGCCUCGUUCAACACGUGGGUCACGGCCUGAUCUAGAGACCAGCCCUGGGGCAGCUCCCCGCUCUCGAAAAACCACACUUGGGGACUUGCUUCGGCCACCAGCCCGUCCUGGCCGUGGUGAGGAGGCUGGUGGGGCUGAGGGGGGCACCAGCAGCCCCGACCCCACCCGCAGGAGUCGGCCUCGAUACACUCGGGAAAGCAAGGCCUACUCCAUGAUACUGCUACCUGCUGAGGAGGAGGAGACAACAUUGGGUGCCAGACCUGACAAGCAGCAGCCCCUGGAGCGGGGAGACACAGAGCUGGCCCCAACCUUUGAACAGCGAGUACAAGUGAUGCUGCAGAGGAUCGGCAUGAGCAGAGGCAGCGGGAGUGCCGAAGGCAAGAGGAAGCAAAGCAAAGAUGGAGAGAUCAAGAAGGCUGGCUCAGAUGGUGACAUUAUGGACAGUUCCACAGAGGCCCCUCCCAUCUCGAUCAAGUCCCGCACCCACUCUGUGUCUGCUGACCCUUCAUGCAGACCUGAUCCAGGGGGCCAGGGGCCCGAGUCUGCCACCUGGAAGACACUAGGGCAGCAGCUGAAUGCAGAGCUCAGGGGCCGUGGUUGGGGUCAACAGGAUGGUCCAGGCCCCCCCUCCCCUUGUCCCAGCCCAAGCCCCCGAAGAGCCAGCCCCUCCCCAGACAGCCUGGGCCUCCCAGAGGAUUCCUGCUUAGGCUCCAGGAAUGAAGAUGGCCAGCUGAGGCCGAGGCCUCUCUUGGCGGGGCGACGAGCAGUGUCUAUGCAUGAGGACCAGCUCCAGGCCCCUGUUGAACGGCCCCUGCGGCUGCAGCGCUCCCCUGUCCUCAAGCGCAGGCCAAAGCUUGAGACACCUCCAUCUCCAAGCAUAGGAUCUGGCCUCGGAGCCGAGCCUCUACCCCCACAGUCUACAGAGCCCUCGGGCCCUGAGCGGAGCCCAUCAUCCCCAGCCACAGACCAAAGAGGCAGCGGCCCCAACCCCUGACCUUCUCCUUUCCUGCCGC